CCUCGCUGAAGGUGACCUGGGCGUAGAUGAAGUAGAGGCCGUCCUUCAAGCAGUGGAUGGAGUCUUUAUCCAGUUUGAGGAUGCUGGGGACAGAACUGUUGCUGAGCGUACUGACCUCAGGUGACUUCAGCUUGACCGAAGUGAGAAGUGCAGCCAGAACCACCAUUGCCACAGUGAGGAGACCACACCACACCUGCAGCAGCAGGAACACCAUGGAGGAACAAACUGCAGACAUAGAAGUGACAGUGAAAACAUUAGACUCUCAAAGCAGAACCUACACUGUUGGUGCUCAGCUGACAGUCAAAGAGUUCAAGGAGCAUAUUGCUCCUUCAGUGGGUAUCCCUGUGGACAAACAGAGGCUGAUUUACCAGGGCAGAGUCUUACAGGAUGACAGGACUCUAGCAGACUACAAUGUGGGUGGCAAGGUGAUACAUCUUGUGGAGCGAGCACCCCCUCCACCGUCCCAGCCUGGCUCAGGGUCUGGAGGCACUUCAGCAGACAGUGGGCCCUCAUCGUCCUCCCAGGGAACAUCACAGGUGCCUCCACAUGAUCGCAACGCUAACAGCUACGUAAUGCUAGGCACCUUCAACCUCCCUGUCAACAUCAUGGACCCCCAGCAGAUCCAGAUGUCAGUGCAGCAGAUGGUGUCUGGCAUGGGAGAAAAUGCCAGGAACGCCAGAGUCACAACAACCACUGGGAGUAAUGGGUCUGUGAAUGUGCACAUUGAUAUGGACCAACCAGUGCAGAGUGAGCCGAGGCUGAGGCUGGUGCUGGCUGAGAACCUGCUGAGGGACAUCAGUGAUGUUAUCCAGAGAAUGGAGAGUCGCCCAAGCGACUCAUCCUCCCAAACAGAGACAACUUCUGCUGCUGCUGCUGCUCCUCCUCCUCCCUCAUCUUCAUCCACCACGUCCACUCCCUCUCCUUCUGCCCAGCCCAUGGACACCUCCCCACCCCCAACAACCCCCCCACCUCCACCCACUUCUUCAGCACAGUCUGAGGGACCAACACCCCAACCUGGACCCAACCAUCCCAGCCCGGUAGAGUUGGCAGAGAUGUUGUCUGAACUGCGGCGAGUGGAGGAGAGACUGCAGCCAUUCAUUCAGAGAGCUCACACCAUCCUGGAGACAGCCACCACUGCAGAAUACAACAAUAAUACAGAGAGGGAGGAGGACCAGCGCACUCUCGUCCUGACAUGGGAAUGUCUCCGUCUCCUUGGCAAUGCCCUUGUUGCCCUCAGCGACCUGAGACUGAACCUCAUGAGCCCUGUGCCCCGUCACCUACAUGUGGUUCGACCAUUUUCCCACUAUGCCACUCCAGUCACUCUGCCUGGAGCUGUGCACCACCACAUCCCAGUGCAAAUGAACCUGGGUGCCACGGUGACUAGCAGCAUGGACGGACAAGCCCCACCCACCCAGCCGGCCAACCAGUCGGAGCAGGCAGGUCAGGGACAGACCUACCCCCCACAGACUUCCCCGUCCAAUCAGCAGGCUGGACAGGGACAGGGUGGCCCCCGGGUCAUCAGGAUCAGCCACCAGGCUGUCCCGGUGGUCAUGAUGCAGAUGAACGCGGACGGCCCAGGUGUAAACCCUGCUGCGGCUGGACAGCAAAUGCCUGGACAACCAGGUGCCCUCCCCCCUGACUUUAUGCGGAAUCUUAUGCAACAGAUCAGCCAGUAUGCUGCUGCCGUAGCUACGAGUGCCGCCACUGCAACUGGCCAACCAGUCCCACCCCAGCCCACCCCUCCUGGCUACAGCUCCACGGCUAACUCCUCAACUACCACCACUGGUCCUAACACACCCACCACCACCCCUACUGCUCCCCCGCCACCUCCGCAUACUGGACCCCAGCCCCAGGCCAGGGUUGUGUUCACCCGUCCCCCAUUUCCACCCAACAUGCCCCCCCCAGCCUUUGGCACCCGGGGAACAACCAUAAAUGUUAGAGCUGCCAUGCCAGGCCAGCAGCCAGGACAGGCUUUCAACCCUGCUGCUCUCAACCAGAUGAUUACUGGAUUGGUUGGGCAACUUUUGUUACCAGGACAAAUGGCUGGUCCAACAGUCACACCCACCUCCUCAUCCACAUCCACCUCCUCAUCUACAUCCACCUCCUCAUCCACAUCCACCUCCAACUCUUCCUCUUUUUCCUCCUCCUCUCAAACCUCUUCAUCCUCCACCUCCUUUUCUUUCUCCUCCUCGGGUCCAAGGCCUCCUCCUACAGCAAACACUUCUAGCCAACCUGAGACCAACACCAGUGAGCCCCAGUCCCAGGAGAUGCCCCCAGACCUCAGCCAGCUCCUGGGUUCUCUCCUGGGAGUAGCUGGCGGGGCUGGUACAGGCCCUGUAGGGGCCCCUACAAUUACUGUCACCACAUCUGGAGUCCCAGCCUUCAUUCAGGGAGUCACUGAAUUUAUGCAGCAGGCCUCCCAGCCCAUCUUCUCUCCACCUCCACCUCCCUCUGGUACCACUCGUGCUGCAGGGCCCAGCCCCACACCCAACCCCCCUGGGGCAGCUGAAGCCCUCAACCCGGAGCUUUUCACGGGCAUUGUGCGUGGCGUCCUGAGCACCAUGAUGGGCUCCCUUGGCCAGGCCCAGAACGACACAGAAAGCAUUGCGCAGUUCAUGCAGAGGCUGUCCCAGGCAACCAACAUCUUCAUCAGCCCUGAGGAUCCUAGUGGGUUUUUUGGAGAGUUGCUGAUGUUGGUGUGCCAGACGUUCACCAUGUCAGACCUGGUGAUGCUGCUUCACGGCCAGCACCAGCCGCUGGGCCGCAUCCAGCCUCAACUGUCCCAGUUCUUCACCCAGAACUACCUCAAUGGCAGAGAGCCCACCGAUGAGAAUAUUGCUGCUGCAGCUGACAGUCUUGUCAACGAACUGGAGGAAUAUAUCACUGAGAGCUUUAGAGAGUCGUCAGUCACAGUGCUGGAGGGCGUCGACGUCACUCAGACCAACAUGUCCUUCUUCAGACAGCAGCUGCAGCACAUUGCCACACACAUCCUGCGUUGCACUGAUGACUCAUUUGGGCCCCAGCUGCUACAGAUGUGUAACCAGGCACUGUUUGAGUGUCUUGCCCUCAACCUGCACUGCUUGAGGGGAGACCAGAGAGCCCUCACUGCAGUCAUCAACCACAGAAUACGGAGGAUGUCCAGUGACAUCAGCCCGAGUCUGGUCAACUGGAUGACCAGCAUGAUGACGAUGAGGCUGCAGGUCAUUCUGGAGCACAUCCCCGUCACACAGGAGCAGAUCCAGAACUACAUAGUAUACACACAGAGGGAUCAGUCUUCAACUGCUACUGGCACACAAGAGCCUGAACGAGCACAAAGUGCAACGAACGGUGACUCCCUCUCACCAGCUGCAGCCACCACAGCAGAGGAGGCCAUGUCGGUGUCACACGACACAAGGGCGUCAUCACGGGAAACGAGGGUGUUGCCUGGGGAUCUGGGCGCCUCGGGGGGAGCAGCACCGUUAGGUGGCGACAUGGCAGCAGCGGGAGCUGAGGGAGGGAGUGAGGAGUCUCGAGAGUCGGAGGCCUGGGCGGCUGCUGUUCCCCCUGAGUGGGUGCCCAUCAUCAGAUGUGACAUGAUGACGCAGAGGAAGAUGAAGGCUCAGCCUCCGUUGUCUGACGCCUACUUGCAUGGCAUGCCAGCUAAACGCAGGAAGACUGGAGUGAGUGGUGGAAGCCUCCUCUCCCUCUCUGAUGCUGUGAGUCAAGCAGCCCGGACAGCAGGAGUGAGGCCCAUCACUUCAGCUGAGCUGUUACAAGACGAUCUGGAGACCCAGGAGGUGAAGGAAGCUUAUUCAGAACAGGUUAAAGCAGACAUCAAGAAACGAGUGAGGGAAGACUCGGAUUUCAACUCUCAGCAGUUCCCCAACACACACAGAGCUUUCUCAUCAGACUCAUAAUCAAGCCCAGCAGAUCAGAAACCUGCAAGACUCUGGUCCUUCCCCUCUUCAUCUUUAUUAUUUCUUGGAUCUUGAUUCCACUCAAUGCCGCUUCCCCCCCUAAACUGUCAGCCUUUUAGCAGCUCUGAUGACUAAUAUCCUAAUGCUAAUGUGACUACUUCCCCGGUGCCUAUUUAUUUCUUCUUUUGGUCCAGCUUUUACUGAGAGAAUGUUCUCUGUUAAACAAAACAAAAAGGAAUUAUAUUAGAUUUAAGUUCGACUAAAUCCGAUCACUUAGAUUCUGUUUGGAUACAUGUGUAUGUCUGUAUUCCCCCUUGUUGUCCUUGUGUUGUUUGUUAAUAUGGAGCCUGAAUACUCAUUAUGUAGUGGACUUCUGCCUUCCUCCCAAUACUCUCGAGCACAGGAGUAAACUUCAUGUGAUGAACAUGCUGUUUGGUACAUGGAUGUACAGUAAGCUUAAUAAAAAUCUUGAUACAAUACAA